GAUACAAGUGGAGAUUAUAUAUACAAAGAAUUCAGGUUAAUACAAGAGGAAAACUAAAUAGGUGUGCAUGGCUGUUGAAGUAGUAUAAACUUUCGAGUCAACAGUCACGCUUGAGGUGGUUUGACUGUAAGGGAGAAGAUCGUCUUAGACGAGCUAAACGAAAUCAUUGUUUUCUGUGAAACAUUCCAUUAUCUUUUGGCUAUCAUUGAAAACUUCUUCAGCGUACUAAGCCUCUUUGCAAGACACAGGCAACCCAGUGAAUGCCUAUAGGACGUCUUGUUUUUUCGCCAUCUUGUAGCCUGGAAAUCCUUAAUUUCAAGAGGAAAUGUGACGAAAUGUGGGGAAGAAGUUAGUUUAUUUUUAUAAUUCCACAAAUGACAAAAUAACAGAUCCAAGAAAGACUGAAGGCAUAUUUGUCAUGGUUCCAUGGAGAGGUCAAGGCACCCGUAAAAAAUUUCCUACAUGACAUGACAUGUUUUACUUGACAGAAAACCGGCGAGAAUCAUCAGAGGAAUAUGUUAAACUGUUCUAUAUUCUUUAAUUGAUAUCCCCGAUGGGCGAUCCUUUUGCUUUUGACUGUUUUUUGUGAUUUGCUCAUUUGUCAUUCAAAGUCAGAAGUAUUUUGUCUUCCGCCUUGUUGAUUAUGUUUUAUGAUAUUCACACCCGACACGCAGUCGUGACGUUAUGUGAUAUUAUUGUCACAGUGCAGUUAGAGGCUGAUUUUUGUACGUACGUAUAUGUGUUUCAUUUCAAGGGCGGAUUCCUUUCAUUGGUGAACUUUUGUUUCUGUUAUUGGCUUCGAUUUUGGUUUCAUAUUUCAGCAUUUUUCAGCCGUUCUAGACAAGAAGGUCUGUGAGACAACAUGAAGCUGAUCAAGCGUGUUCCAACAUCAUUCUGGAGAGCAUAUUUAUGCUUUUAUACUGGAAUUUUUGUUCUCUUUUAUGAACUGAAUCCAAGAUUUGUCGAAGGAUCUACUUUCGAAAUGGAAUCGAAACUUAUAGAAUACCUCCUGAACGGCAAUCGAUCCUCAAAGCGAGUGCGGCCUGUAAAGAACGGCUUAUUACCAAUCAACAUUACAAUGGACAUGACUUUGAGCAACGUGAUCGACAUGGAUGAAGUCCGUCAGAUGCUAAGUCUCAACAUGUGGAUACAACAGAACUGGACGAAUGAAAUCAUGGCCUGGAAUCCUGAUGAUUUUGAUGGAAUCAAGUCAAUAUCUUUAGAAGCCUCGGAUAUUUGGUUACCUGAUACAAUACUAUACAAUAAUGUAUUUGAAGAGUUUGAUGGACGUCUGGAUAAUGUCAAGACAAGAGUUCGUCUCGGAUAUCGAGGCGAUACAAAGUGGACUGCGCCAUUUAUCUUCAAAACGCUCUGUAAAAUCAAUGUACAGAACUUUCCAUUUGAUCGGCAGCAGUGCAAACUGAAGUUUGGUUCUUGGCAGUACGACGUAAAGGAACUCGAUCUGUUAGUACCUGAAAAUGGAGGUCAUUUAGAUUCGAACAGGAUCAAGAAUGGAGAAUGGGAUGUCCUGAACGUUGAAGUACAAAGAAAUGAGUUAGAGUAUGGCUGUUGUCCUCCUGUGGUUUAUCCUGAUAUCACCUUCAUCCUAACGUUAAAAAGACGUUCUCUUUUUUACAUGUUUAAUCUGAUCAUUCCUAAUUUUUUGAUCGCGUUGCUUGCAUUCUUCUCAUUUUACAUCCCGGUUGAAUGCGGAGAGCGAAUAUCAUUUGUUAUGACUGUACUAUUGAGCAUGUUUGUGUUUCUUCUUUUGGUUGCUGAGAGUAUUCCACCCACAUCAGAAGCUGUUCCUACCAUAGGUGUCUACUUUACCUCAUCAAUAGUACUAGUUGCACUUGCUCUUAUCGCCACAGGUUUUGUCUUGAAGAUUAACUACAUGUAUAUUCAAUUGCCAUGUAGCACCAUGUCACCGAAGUUAAGAUGGCUCUUGUUUCAGAAGCUUGGUCCUGUCCUUGGGUUUCAAGAUAGCACGCGCUUUGUAGUAAAGACCAAAAGCUCAUCGGAGCUUUGUCCUAAACAUCAGCUCCAACGAGAUGACAGGAUUACAGCCAACCAUUCUACGAAUGAUGAACCUACUAUUUAUUACCAAAACGGUUCGAAAAAGGGCUCCAAAAGAAAAAAGAUAUCAUGUAACGAAUUGCCCAGUGGAAGUGAUGAGGAAGGCAGUGUUAGCUUGGUCUUAAGCGAGAUCUAUCCAGAUGUAGAGAUAAGCUGCAGCCAGAGGAAAUCAAUUGGAAGUGAUGUUCAUGCUAUAGCUACGGCUGUGUCAUCGCAUGAGCAAGACAACACAAAGAGUAUGGAAUGUCGACUUGCUGCAGCUAUCGUUGAUCGUGUUUUCAUGAUCAUUUUUAUUGUUGUGUUUCUCUUUUCAACUUUUGUCAUUCUUUUUUUCCCGUAUUUAAGCAGUGAGUAGCCUAACCAAUCAUAUUGCAAGAUUGAUUUUUACCACAAUAAUCAUUUUUUCGCUUUUCGCUUUCUGGUUCAAUAAUAAUAACUUACCCUUUAUUCAAACAGUCAUCGAAGAGAUAUAGUGUUUUUASAUAUCAUGCAUAAAACGAAGAAAAGUCAAACUAUAGGUAUAGGAAAUCGCACGAUCACGAGUACAAUUCGGAAUUUAUAGGUACGAGUGAUGUUUUGAUAGCUUUCAAAAUUGGACGCUCAAGCUUUAAGGCGAGUCUAAUUUGACUGAGGAACUUUCAAAACAUCACGAGUAUCUCUACCAAUUCCGAGUCGUACAAGAAGAUCGUUCGUUUUAUUGUUGUAAUACACUCAGCCAAAAAAAAAAUUUUUCCAAUCUUAUUUUAUUAUUUUUUUAGAAGGCCCAGUGUAAGAUUAGCUUUGCUAAACUGGUGUAUUUUUGUAAAUGCUUUCUUAAAAGUUUACUUACUUACUUACUUUACUUAAUUAGUACUCUACAGAGUACAAUUAACGGUUAAAACUCUACUCCUCUUGUCCAAUCAGAAUCGA